AUGUUUUAUCAGCCAGGAGUGACCGAACAUAAUCUCCCCCACGACCCUUUCAAGGCGUGCGUGGUUCCUCGUCCGAUCGGAUGGAUCUCCACCCAGAAUAAAGAAGGCCAAGCCAACUUGGCCCCUUACUCGCAGUUCAACAAUCUGACCUUCGACCCGCCGUAUGUGAUGUUCUCGUCCAAUCAGACGGUCACCGGUACUCGCAAGGAUACGGUGAUCAAUGCCGAGCAAACGGGAAAGUUCGUCUGGAACCUAGCCACAUGGGACCUGCGUGAGGCGAUCAACAUCUCUGCUGAGCAAGUGCCCUACGGCGUGGACGAGUUUGAGCGUGCCCAGGUGACCAAGGAGCCGGCGACUUUGAUGGAUGUCCCUAUGGUCCAAGAGUCACCUGUCAAGUUUGAGUGCGAAUAUCACUCCACCGUGCGGCUUCCUGGCAACCCACCGAUGGGCACAGUCGACAUGGUGAUCGGCCGGGUGAUCGCCGUUCAUAUCAAAGAUGAGGUGCUCACAGAUGGGAUUCUGGAUAUCAAGAAGACCCAGCCCAUUGCCCGGUGCGGGUACUAUCAGUAUACAGUCGUAAAGGAGACCUUUGACAUGGUUAUUCCCGGGAUGUCGGAAGAUGUCCUAUAUGGACUGGAAGGGAGCGCCAAGCGCAAUAAAGAGGCCCAAUCGCGUGAUCCAUAG